CCUGAACGCGCGCAGUCACCCCCGCGCGCCUCCGAUCGACGUGCAAUCCACAGUUCCCUGUACCCAUAGGCAUAUCUAUCAAGGCAGCAUGGUGGACGUCGAGCGAGCUCGAGUUGAAAUGGCGAUGCACGACAUGACCAACUCGAUGUCACUCGUUGAACACAUCAUGUGGAACGUCGAAAAGGCAGAUCCUUGUUUGGACGUGCCUCCAAUCAAGCGACGCCUUGUGUUCACUUGUUCUGGUGUCGAAAUCAAGCGCAAGCUCGUGUUUCCGUGCCACAAAGUCAUAAAGCCUCGACCGACCAAGCGCGAGCUCGAGCGAGAAGCAGCUAAGGCCAAGCAGUCAGACCAACAGCCCACGCGAGACGACUCCUCAACGCCGUACUUCGCAAAGCUAGGAAGGCGAAAGCGUCAGCUGUCGUUCGAUUAGACCUACACUAGGAAGCAUUUUCGUCGUAAACCCAAUAGAACCCCUAUCACGUGA